UUUCCUCAGCCACGGGGGCCCUUUUUGUGUCCACCCCUCCCCCUCCCAGGCUUGAAGGCUUCGGGUGGCGAUGCUCUGCCCUCGCCCAGUGCUUUCCGCUGUUGUAUUGCGCUCUGUUCGUCGUGGUGGUGUUUGUAUGUAUUCGGGAAUAUCGUUUAUUUACGUCCCGCCUUGGUAUCUGUGCUUCACACGCAUCCGUGGGUGUAAACAGCCGCUGGAACGCAACGAAAAACCGCUCCCGUGCGCGAGUGUAAAAAUCUGCGUUUGCUGGAAGCAGUUUUUUUCACGUGAUUGCGGUGUGUGUGUGUGUGUGUGUGUGUGUGUGUGUGUGUGUGUGUGUCUGUCUGUCUGUCUGUCUGUCUGUCUAUGGUUGGGUCUUUUAACGAAAUCGUUACAACCAGGUUUCUUUCCUCCUAUUGUUUUCUAAUGUUUGAAGAGGUAAUUGCCUAUUGCUGACUUAACUUGCUAGGAUCUACCAUGAACUGCGUUUUCAAAGUGAGCGAGUGUUAAUCUUUAUUCAUUUACACAAGCACCUUCUAGACAUGUUAUUUUUGUUUUUCGUCUUUAUUUAAAAAGGACUCUUUCUUUGGCGAAUUGGGGUUUCAUUCAUAUGAAUAUGCUUCUUACCUGAAUCAUACUUUUCUUCAGUCUCCUCACAUGAAUUCUAAAUGUUAUUCUGGAAGAGGUGUUUAAAGAAGCACACAAAUAUGAAUACAGUUUUCUUUGGUUUUAAAACCUAAUUUCUUUUGUUCACUUGUAGUUACAGGCUUAUCUUUCCUUUGAACACACAUUUAUCCAUAAAUAAACAUACUACUUAACUGUCUAGUUUCUCCCUUAAAAAUGCAUUUCUAUUGUAGUAAAUUUCUAUAAAUUAUUUAAAGUCACACUGUUCCCCUAACUGUUCAUCUGCUCCUUUUCUUCUGGUUUUGCUUAUUGUCUUGUCUGUUACCUUUUUUUUUUUUCCUGUCGAAAUGUAAUUUAUUAGGUAUCUUUACGUGUUUAUGUCUAAUAUGGAUUUUUCUCUCUUUCUCCAUAGGUGUUGGUGACUUCAGACUCAUAUAGGGGUUUAGCUCUCAGGAAUUAGAGACACGAGAGGCUUACUGGUUUGACUCCAUUUUACACUAAAAAGUACAGCUUUACACUAGGAUUUUUUUGCCUCUUUUCCAUCCUUCCUCUCCAGCAGGGGAGGACGAUUUGAGAGUUACAUUAGCACUCAUCUACUCCCCCUUUCCUCUUUUCCACCCUUAGGAAUCUGCCUUGGUCCCUGAGGCAUUAGCUAGACAUUGCCCAUAUAGUACCAGGAGAACGUUGUUCCAAUCACCCCUUACUUGCUUUGGGAGCUUCGGUAGUACAUUUCUAUCCUUUGGAUUGCAGUGCAGGGAGGUGUCCAGAAGACUUCACUGCCACCCUCUUUGGGUAGUAGGGGAUCUAGGAAAAGGGGUACAUAACAAGACACGUGACCUCGCUGAGGGAGGCAGAAUUGAAGCAGCACUUGGCACACUAAAAGAAGCACCUGUCUUUGGUAUCUUUUUAUCUUCCAGUCCUUCCUCACCAAAUUUCUGAAGUUCCACUGAAGGGAAACGUUGAAGGUUGCAAGACAAGUCCAAGAUGUGCAGUUCAGUUGCUCCCAGGCUGUGGUUCUUAACAGACCGUCGCAUCAGAGAAGAUUACCCUCAGCAGGAGAUCAUGAGAGCACUGAAGGCCAAAUGCUGUGAAGAGGAUCUAGAUUUUCGGGCCUUGGUGAUGGAUGAAGUGGUACUGACCGUUGAGGAUGGAAAUCUUGUAUUCUCAGGAUCAUUCUGGCCUAAGACUGGUUCUUUGUGCACUACCUCUUACAUUCUUUGGACUAAAGGUCUCCGGGUGAACGGGGAGCUCAUUACUGCUUAUCCACAAGUGGUGGUUGUGCGUGUGCCAACGCCUUGGGUCCAGAGUGACAGCGAUAUCACAGUCCUUCGCCAUCUAGAGAAGAUGGGCUGUCGAUUGAUGAAUCGUCCUCAAGCCAUCCUCAACUGUGUCAACAAGUUCUGGACUUUCCAAGAACUUGCUGGUCAUGGCGUGCCUCUUCCAGACACCUUUUCAUAUGGUGGUCAUGAGAAUUUUGCCAAAAUGAUUGAUGAGGCGGAAGUGCUGGAGUUUCCUAUGGUGGUGAAGAACACACGGGGUCACCGAGGCAAAGCUGUGUUCCUGGCACGAGACAAGCACCAUUUGGCAGACCUGAGCCAUUUGAUCCGUCACGACGCCCCUUACUUAUUUCAAAAAUACGUUAAAGAGUCCCAUGGCAAGGAUGUACGUGUUAUCGUAGUAGGAGGCCGUGUGGUGGGCACCAUGCUCCGCUGCUCAACAGAUGGGAGGAUGCAGAGUAACUGCUCACUUGGUGGUGUAGGUAUGAUGUGCUCACUGAGUGAACAAGGCAAGCAAUUGGCAGUCCAGGUGUCAAACAUCUUGGGGAUGGACGUGUGCGGCAUUGACCUACUGAUGAAGGACGACGGUUCAUUCUACGUCUGCGAGGCCAAUGCAAAUGUAGGUUUCAUUGCCUUUGACAAGGCUUGUAAUCUAGAUGUAGCUGGUAUCAUAGCAGACUAUGCCGCUUCUCUACUUACCCCCGGUCGCUUGACGCGGCGCAUGUCCUUGCUCUCUGUGGUGUCCACGGCAAGCGAGACUAGCGAGCCAGAGCUGGGCCCUCCAGCUAGUGCCGCUGUCGACAAUAUGAGUGCUAGCUCCAGCUCUGUCGACAGCGACCCUGAGACCACGGAGAGAGAGUUGCUCACCAAGCUCCCGGGGGCUCUAUUCAACAUGAACCAGCUAUUAGCCAAUGAGAUCAAACUUCUUGUGGAGUGAUGCCACAUGUAAAUACAUAACCAACAACACUCUCUCUUGUAAAUCUUUUUUUUUUUUUUUUUAACCAAGUUGCAAUGCUGUUUAUCAGAGAAGCUCAGAGAAAUGAGGAAGGGGGGAUUCAAUCAAGGAAGCAAGAUUAAAAGGCAUGUAUUCUGUGAUUGCCCCCUACUUUUUCAUCUUGCAUAAAAUUGUUUUAAUUCUUCAGCAUCAAUUUUUUAUUGAAGAUGCUCAGUUCACAGCCUGAAUGGGAAUUUUAUUUGGAUGCUGCUUUGGUCCCCAAAUGUAUUGCCGUGCAUGUGCAUUCACAGGAAAGCACUGAAGUAUGAUUCACACUUUAGAUUUUUAGAAAGCUGUCUGGCAGCUCUCUAGAAAAUUCUGUGAAUUAACGCACCAGUUAAGCCUCUUCUGUCUCUUAAGGCUUGAUCCUGUAAGUUGCUGAGUGCCUGUAAUUUCAAUGGGAGUUGAAAGUGUUUAAUACCAGAUAUUUCAAAGUUCCUGGACACCUACUGUUCUCACUCUAGUAAGUGGGAGGUGUAAGUUCAGCAUCCUCUUAAGGUCAUCCCUUUUUGACUUUGUGGGAUAUGGCCCUUUAAAUGAUGAGGCAGAGAGAAGUGUCAGCUCACUCAGCUUCAGCUUUCAGUACGGUUUGUAACUUCUGCAAUCUUGGUAUCAACUGGCAGCUUUGUGUCCAUAUUUUGUUUAUAAAGCUUUUGAAGGAGGAUGUUUAAUAUUUGUGUUUUUCUCAUUUCAAAUCCUGACUUUGGAAGUUAUGUAGGGGAAUUGGUCAUAUUUUAUUUGUGGUGGAAGUGGCACGUUUUGACUGUUUUUUGCAUGAUUGGAGGAGAUAAACAGCACUGUAAUUUUUGGUGUACAAAAUGUUUAAUCCAAUGUGAAAAAGAAUUACACUAGUUUAAAACAAACGUGCAUUGACUUGUAUUUGUUAGUGUUUUAGUCUUUUUGAGAGAGAUCUGCUAUGUUAAUGUUCCUUUUUUUUUUUUUUUAAUACAUGCUAGUCCAACACUCCUUUCUCUAUGCCUGCAUCUUUAACAGUGGCCAAAGUGAAAACACUGCAGACUAUUUGGUAACAAAACACUGACUUAAAGCCUGUACAUUUUUUUUGUUUGUUUUGUUUUUUUGCUUUUGGGAGGGAAAUGUGGUAGGGUGUGGAGGAGGGAAAAGUUGGUUGAAAGUGAUGAGACAUCUAGAGGUACUUUAGGAUAAAGCUACAGUUCAUGCAAUAUCAGUAUUGCUAGGCUUAUGUUUUCCCUACUGAAAAUAUUUAAAAGCUGAUGUUGGCAGAAAUCCAAAGAGUAUAUCCAGGGGAGGAAUACUCAAUUCUUAGCUUUGGGAAACAUGCAGCAUAUUAAAAAAUAAAAGAAAAACUCAGCCAGUAUAAAAAAAGAAUAUAUCUAUAACCUAGGUCCACAAGCAAUUAACAGAUUGAUUCUGGACCCUUAUGUGUGUGUGGUGUGUGUGCACACACAUUCAUGUGUGUUCUUGUGUGUGUGUUUGCUCUGCUUUAUUUCUUCUUAGGUUUUUGCUGUUUAGCUCCUAAUUUUUUUUCCAGCCUGCCUGAUUUUCAUCGGUCCUUCUGGCUGCACAUUUUUUCUUUCGCUUGAUCUGUUUUGGAAAACAGAGAACCAAAACAGAGAUACCAAGUCCAUUUUUAAGUUGCUAUCUUUCCCCUCCUCUUCCUCCUCAACCCUUCUCAUUCUUUUCCCAUAUUUUGGGUUCAUAAAGCCCUGGAACUAUAGAUAUAUAUAUAUAAAUAGAAGCCUCUUUUUUAAAAAACAAAAAUGUCUAUAGCUGAAAAAUAAUCUUGUGAAAAUAGGGUUUGUUUGAAGGGGGGUUGUCUGUAUGCAAUGCUGCUGUUGUCUGGAUACUUUAAUGGAGCAUGUCCCCUGUACCCUCUGAGGCACUGCCCACCUCUGUGGCCCCUCCUCACCUCUCUACUGCUCUGCUGUUUUACCUUCACUUGGACCUUAAACACAAUUCACGGACACUAUGCAGAGAGUCUUCAAGAGGCAAUAAACAGAACAGUAUUAACCUGCUUUCAUGGAGGUUUGAUCAUGCUUCUUUGUACAGUUUGGUUUUUUAUUUUAAAAGGAAUGUAAUAAAAUGACUUUUUUUGUAGAAUUAAAUAUUAUUAUUAAAAUCAAGUAAAAGGUUGA